AUGGCGGCCAUGCCCCCUGCCACGAUUUACCCCCAGAGCCAUGUUGGUUUCGACAGCAUCACGUCUCAGAUCGAGCGCAAGCUGUUGAAGCGUGGCUUCCAGUUCAACGUCAUUUGCGUUGGCCAGACCGGUCUGGGCAAGUCUACUCUCAUCAACACCAUCUUCGCCUCGCACCUUAUUGAGUCCAAAGGCCGAUUGUUGCCCGAGGAGACCAUCCGGUCGACUACCGAGAUCCACGCUGUUUCGCACAUUAUCGAGGAGAACGGAGUGCGGCUUCGCUUGAACAUUGUCGACACCCCGGGGUACGGCGACCUGAUUAACAACGAUCGCUGCUGGGACCCCAUUGUCAAGUAUAUCAAGGACCAGCACUCUGCGUACCUGCGGAAAGAGCUCACGGCCCAGCGCGAGCGUUACAUCCAGGACACGCGCAUCCACUGCUGCCUUUUCUUCAUUCAGCCGUCGGGGCACUCGCUGAAGCCCAUCGACAUUGUCGUCCUGAAGAAGCUGUCUGAUGUCGUCAAUGUCGUGCCCGUCAUUGCCAAGUCCGACUCUCUGACGCUGGAGGAGCGCCUGGCCUUCAAGCAGAGCAUCAAGGAGGAGUUCGCUUUCCACAACCUCAAGAUGUACCCGUACGACAACGACGAGUUUGACGACGAGGAGCGUGCGGUCAACACUCAGAUUAAGAGCUUGAUCCCCUUCGCUGUCGUCGGCUCUGAGAAAUCUAUCAUCAUCAACGGCAAGCAGGUUCCCGCACGCCAGAACCGGUGGGGCGUCAUUAAUGUUGAGGACGAGGAGCACUGCGAGUUUAUCCACCUGCGCGACUUCCUGCUGCGCACCCAUCUGCAGGAUCUCAUCGAGACAACGUCACAGAUCCACUACGAGACGUUCCGCGCCAAGCAGCUGCUGGCCCUGAAGGAGAGCAGCGCUGGUCACACUAGCCGGCCCAUUAGCCCUGUCGCCGAGCGUGAGAUCAGCCGAAACUCCCAGCGGCAGACAAUCAACGGCUACUAA